GCCCGUCCCUUUUCCCCCGUCCUCGCCGCCAUCCACAUCCCCCGCGUCAUCCCCCCACUGCCCGACGCGUUACCGACGCGUCUUACAGCGCGCCAUGGACAGCUACGACACGGACACCGCCAUCGACCAUCUCUUCUCCAGCGAACACACCACCAGAGACGCCGUGACGCGCAUACACAACUGGAUAUCCUCCCAGGCCAUCGAACACCCGGAGGCUGCCAUUCGCGACUCUGUCCUCGAUCCGGACUUUGACCUCGAAGACGCGGACGCGUGCCCCACAUACGACCCGCAGCUCUUCUCGUCACCCUCGUGUCCGAAUCUGUCCCGCGCGUCGUCCUUCACGCGACGGAAGGAGGCCCAAGUAGAAUGGGAACAGCUCAUGAAGAGCGCGACUCCCCAGUACUGGGUAGAUCGCGUGAUUUCACCCAAGUCUAGCAGGGGGAACAUGUCGCGAGACAAGCCUCUGCCUGAUCCCCCUCCAUUUGACGCAGACUUGGCUGACCCAUUUUUCCCGUCCUCGCCGGCGCCAACCGUCUCCAGCUUUGCCUCCGCGUCAACAAGCACAACCCCUCCACUCUCGCGUGCUGCUUCUCACAAGUCGCUGCGCAAGCCCCGCCUCUCGCGUUCCAUAUCCUCUUCCCGGUUCCCCUCCAUUAGCACUACCCUCUCUGGUCCGCCUGUGGAUGAGGAGGCUCCGCGUACCCGGGACCAAAGCCCCGCGCUUUACGCGUUUCCUGCGGUCCCUGACGCUGAUCUGAACACGCGUCUUCCCCAGUUGCCUCCGACGCAACCUCUUCGCCUCCCUAUACGGAGGAAGAAUAGCAAUCACCCCAAUGAUAGUACGGUGACGCUCACAGGAACCCCAUCGACCCCGACAAGCUCAUUCUUUCCAUCUGUUUCAUCUUCUCCGCAUGCAUCGCUCUCAACAAUUACCACUCCUGCUCUGACUGACAGUGGUUCCCCUUCCUCCUCCACAUCAUCACGUGCACCGCGAGCCAUCCCUUCUGCAUUGUCUCUCUUUCAUCUUCCUUCUCGUUCAAAUCUCAAGUCUCCAUCAAGUCCCACUUCUGCAGUCGAUGAACGUAGUCAACAUCGCUAUCCUCAUCAUGCGUUCUCCGCUUCGUCAUCCAGUUAUCCCUCUCCCUGCGAAGUAGCCACCCCUCUCUCCACUACGUCGACUUCUCGCUGGUCCUAUGCCAGCUCUGAGCCUGACUUAACUCUGGCGUCUGCUCCGGUCUCACCGUCAUCAUCCGUUUUCCCCAGUUUGAAUGGGACAAAGCAGAGGAUCCGAAACAAGAGCUUCCAUUUCCCUUCUCUGAGUCUGCCUCCAGUGCUCGGCGGAGAAAGGAAGAAAAAGCUGGUUAUCAACGGCGUGCCUGCCGGAGACUCGCGGGCGACCGAGGCAGUCAGACGCUGGUGCGAGAGCCAUGGAGAAGUGUCACGCUUCCAAUGGAAGCCCGAUGGCCUGCACGUUCAUUUCCGGAAAACUAGCGUGGCCGACACUGUAUGCCGCUUGCAAGCUCAAGUGGAAAUCAAGGGCGCCGGGAGCGUCAGUCUUUCCUGGUACCAAGGCAAGCGUCGGCCAUAGCGCCGGAUUGUCCUGCACCUGCAUCUGCACUUUUUAUCUUCGUAUGUUGUCGCAGUGUUGUCCAAGUGUACUCUUGAUGUAACAAAAGUAGAAUCUGUCUUCUACACAGACCACCCACAUUGACACUAUCACGUUCGCUUGUCACUACUCACGCUCGUUUGUUGCUAUUGUUUUCUGUAUUACUGUAUGUUUUUGGGGUAGAUCCUGGAUAGAGGUUUUUUGGUGUCGCAGGGACCAGUACCACAGGCUAUCCACAUGCAUGUACGUGUACAUAUCAAGUAUAACGCCCGAUGUAGUUAGGAACUACAUACCUACCUUUGAAUUGAUAAUUGGAAGUAAACACUGUG